UUAAUAUCUAACGCAGCAAUCUGUCCUCUAAUCCGUUGCUUUCUUGACGUCCUUUUUAUUUGAAGAUAAGGGAAUGUUUUAGUACUCAGUAAGUGAGUCGACGUGCUUGUUUUUGUUAUUAUCGCUAUUCUAAUUAUUCAUUCUGAUUGGUAGACACAUCAUGCAUGCUUUUAAUAUUUGUGUGGUGGCUUCAGGUUCUUGGCACCUGGAGGAAGAAUCAGGGUAGAGUGGAAGGAGUUCAUUUGCCUAGACUGCAGUGUUUACUUGGUGGAGUCCCUGAAGUUUCAAUCAGGGUGACUGGGAAGAGCCAAAGUUCAUUUCUCUAUAAAAUCUUUGAAGACACCUCUGGCCUCACUGAUAGAUGUCAUACUUCUUGCAUCUCAUAUUUCUCUCAAAUACCUGGGCUAACUUGUUCUAGUCUGUCAGGAACCUACAGGCAGUGACCCAAAAAAGAAACUUAAACACAAAAUAACACUGUUUAAAAACAUCCAUGCUCCCUUGAGGAAUGGCAGUGAGCAAAUGAACAGCAAACUUUUUAAGGCCUGUAAGGAAAUGGAAGCAACUCCUAUUGACAUGUUAAAGGAUCCCCUUGUCUCUAGCUGUGCUGCCCAGGACACCAGAAAGAAGCGCAGGGUGGUGACCAAGGAUGGGCACAGCAAUGUUAAGAUUGACCACGUUGACGGCUUGGCCAUGCUUUACCUGCACGACCUGUGGACCACUGUCAUAGACAUGAAAUGGCGCUACAAGCUGACCCUGUUCUCUGCCACUUUCGUGAUGACCUGGUUCUUUUUCGGCCUCAUCUUUUACAUAAUUGCCAUGAUCCACGGGGACCUGGACGUGCCCGACACGGCAUCCAACCACACCCCAUGUGUGAUGAACGUGCAGUCCUUAACCGGGGCCUUUCUCUUCUCUCUGGAGUCACAGACCACCAUCGGCUACGGCUUCCGUUUCAUCACGGAGGAGUGCCCCCUGGCCAUCUCCCUGCUGGUGGCCCAGCUGGUCUUGACUACCUUGGCGGAGAUCUUCAUCACGGGCACCUUCUUGGCGAAGCUGGCCAGACCCAAGAAGCGUGCCGAGACCAUCAUGUUCAGCCACAACGCAGUCAUCACGAAGCAUGACGGCAAGCUGUGUCUCAUAAUCCGGGUGGCCAACAUGAGGAAGAGCCUGCUCAUCCAGUGCCAGCUCACGGGAAAGAUGCUGCACACCCACGUCACCAAAGAGGGGGAGAAGAUCCUCCUGAACCAGACUAGCAUCCGCUUCCAGGUGGACUCUGCCUCCGACAGCCCCUUCCUCAUCCUGCCAAUGACUUUCUACCACGUGAUCAACGAUGCGAGCCCGCUGAAAGACCUCACUGCCGCCAACCUGAGGGGGAAGGAGUUUGAGAUCGUGGUCAUCCUGAACGCCACGGUGGAGUCCACCAGCGGCACCUGCCAGAGCCGGACCUCCUACAUCCCCGAGGAGAUCCUCUGGGGCUAUGACUUCAUGCCUGUGGUGUUCAACUCCCCGAGUGGGAAAUACGUUGCGGACUUCAAACAUUACAACAAGGUCAUUCGAAGCACUGAUCACUUCUUUGCCACAGAUCUUGAGAAGUUAAAACUGGAAGAAGAGUACCGAAAAGAUGACCAGAAGGAAAGAGAAGGACAUUUAAAUGAGCCAUGACACAAAUACUUUUAUAGAAACGGAAAUACAUGUUUAGCAACUUUCUAUUUUUUUUUGGCAACUGCAGCACGGGGAUUGAAGACUUUGCUAUUUAUAAAAUAGCUGUAGUUCACAUUUCUUGAUCUCUCACAUUCCUUCUCUCUAUUAAGAAUUGAAAACAUUUUGUGUAUAAUAAUAAUACUGCUGGAGCCACCUGUCUCUUUGUUAGACUUGCAUACAAAUUCUGUUGUGAGCCAUUGCUUAGCUAUAUAUGAAUAUAUGAAGACUCCAAUGACUAAGCAGUUGAAAUAUUUGCUUGAAGAAAGUUCCAGCUACAACUGAAGCUCACUAAAACAUACUCAUUUACAAUACUGCGCUGUGUUAUUAUUAUCUAGGAUUCUGAAGCACACAAUAAUGUCAGGAAAUAUAAAUCAUUGCUCGCAAUAUCAAUAUCAAUAUCAGUAGGCAAAACUGAAUCUCAGAGUUUCACAAUAAACACAUCUAUUGAGUACUUUGAAACUUUUAAAAGUUUUGCAUUUGGUAAUCAUCUAGAAGUGAAAAGUUCUUGUUCUGUAUAUAAAUCCAGUUAGUAAAGUUUAAAGAGCUUGUAUGUGAAUAAAGAUGUCCUUUAACAAUAAA